UGCUAUUUAGUAUUUAGCAUAACAAAGAGGAAAGAAAGUGGUUUCCCUAGGCAAGGUCAUGCUGGUUAUUUACUUAACCACAACAAACAACCUAAGCAAAGGUUAGCCUGCGUUCUUUUGACUGUUGUCCGUUGAGCCACCGCCACUGCGCCUCCGUCACUUCCGGCCGCUCUGCUAAGCUCGGUCACUUCUUCACACACAGGAGGAAGAAAAGAUAUUCAAGGCAGAUAAUAUAAGGUGUGCCAGUCUGAGAAAAUGUCAAAUCCUACUUCAAUUGGAAAGUUUGCUAGACAUAUCAGUCAACUUAUAUUGGUUAGAAAUCGUAUGUUUGCACGCUCUUAUAGUACAGUUGUUCGAUCUCCUCAAAUCCCCAGCCAAGGCAGUGUGAAGACGAUGGGAUCUGCAGAUCAUCGGGUUGAUUAUGAAGUAUCACCUAAGUUUUCAGGGAAAGAUAGUGAAGUUGAAAUGAAGCGCCAAAUAGGAGCAAAUGUUUCGAGAAAGGAUAAGAUCAGCUUUCUAGUAAAGACGCUUCUUGACCUCAAGGAUAGUAAAGAAGGUAUAUACAAUGCCCUGGAUGCCUGGGUUGCAUGGGAGCAGAACUUCCCAAUUGCGUCGGUGAAGCAGGUUAUACUCAAACUUGAGAAGGAGCAUCAAUGGCAUAGAGUUAUCCAAGUUAUAAAAUGGAUGUUAAGCAAGGGGCAAGGCAACACAAGAGGGACUUAUGGGCAGUUAAUUCAAGCAUUAGAUAUGGACCAUAGGGCAAAAGAAGCACGGGAGAUUUGGAGGAAGAAACUUGGCUAUGACCUACAUUCGGUUCCAUGGUCAUUGUGCAGCCUUAUUAUUUCUAUCUAUUAUCGGAAUGAUAUGCUGGAGGAUCUUGUAAAGCUGUUCAAGGGCUUGGAAGCAUAUGGGCGAAUACCACCCGAGAAAUCUAUUGUGCAGAGAGUAGCCGAUGCAUAUGAAACGUUGGGAUUAUCUAAAGAUAAAGAAUGCUUAUUGGAGAAGUACAAGGAUCUCUUUACUGAGACACAGGGUGGAAAGCCCAAGAAGUAUAGGGGAUCUCAGGCCAAGAAAAAAGGGAAAGCAAAGAAGGAAGAUUGAGAAGGGGUUUCUUAUGCUGUUUUACAUAUCUCAUUCAACAGCUUCCUGCCAAUAUUUGGUACAUUUCCUUAUUGAUCCUUAUUGAAUGCAUAAUACAUAUGGUGCAUGCAAACAAGGUUUCAAACAAUGUGGGUAUGAAAAAUCUUGCCUGAGGAUGAAUAUGUGAAGAAACUAUUGGUUUACAUAUUUGCAUGACUAGUGGGUAAUUGUAUCUUACCUGUUAUCGUGAGCAUCACACAUUCACAUUCACAACUUCAUGUAUUUGAUGCUCAGGAAAUCAUGCAUUGUGAACCCAAAACAAUUCUUUAUUGCAAUUUUGAGUUUUGAUCCUUACAAUCGA